AUGACCUUCAUGCGUGAUCCGCGCAACGUGAUGCUUUGCGUGGAGCAGGCUGGGAUGCAUGCCAACACCCUGCAGAAGAGGUGUGGCGAUGCCGCCACCAUGUCCACUCUGGGGAAGUGCCGGCAGAUCGAUCCUAAGACCAUUUUGGUGCGCACCAAGUUGGACAAGUAUUACACGGACUUGACGAAAGAGAAUGUGAACCAGUGGGUGGAUGGCUUCGGCGAUCUACCCGAGAACUUGGUUCGCUUUGCCCUCACGCUUCCCUGGUGGCAGGAUGGGGAGAUUUGCCCUGCCGAGUCAUUUGUGAAGAUGAGAGACGAAUUCAAUGCGAAGGAUCAAGCUGAGAUGCGGGAUAGGCAGUUGAAGCCUGAGUACAUGCAGACCAUUGGCUUCCACGCCUUUGGGGUUUUCAUGGAGAAGAAGAUCGAGCACAUGUUUGCUGACGCGAUCAAUCCAGUGCUCGACAAGUUGAGAGAAUUGAAGACGAAAUACACUUCGAAAGAGCAGAGUCUGCAGACGGAGUACGAAGAGACAGAUCCUCACAGGAUCUUGAGUACCACCCGAGAAUGCGGCAUUUCCUUCGCCUCGGCCUUGAGAUCAGUCAUGGAGGGUAUUCCGAACCUCUCUACUGGGCGAAUGACCUUGGAAAAGGAGCUCAAGGAGUUCCACGAGUAUCACAAGAAGUUGGGCUCGGACCACUUCCAGAUGCUACCCUCAGAGGACUUCAUGGGGCUGGACGACUACAUUGAUUACCUGCAGAAUGACAUCCAGAUCGGCGCUUCUGAUGCCGAGGUCAAUGGUGGUGCUCAAUUCCGUCGAGUCAUGGCUGAGGUCGAGAUUUUCCUGCGAUUCUCCGAGAUCGCCGUAGAGACCAAGAAACGAGAUGUCAUUCAGGCACGGGGUGUGAGCAUGAGCUCACUGACCUGGAGGGACGUGGUGGUGAAGCUCCUCAGCAACGAGGCUCAUCUCCCCUUGCAACGCCGCGUGCAGUACGUUGGUGAGAGGAUCAAGUGGUUCUUCCAAAUCCAGAAGGACUCAGUCAUUGACUUCAUGAGCAGCUUGGAGGGCAAUCCUUCUGAAAAGAUGUACUCCAGCUUGUUGCCCAAGAACGUAAAGCUCAUCAAGCAGAAUGAGAUGAUCAAGCAUUUGGUCUUCUCGACCUAUGAUCAGGCUUGCCAGCGACAGCUGAACCAGUUCAUCGAGCUCUUUGAUAACAUGCUCACGUCGACCUUCGCAAACCCCUGGGUCUUCCUCAAGGGUGCCACAUACACCGGCUACGAGGACAGGAUCCCCAAGGAGAUCCAGAGCCGAUCCAGCAUCGAGAGUAAGCUCUCGGAGUGGCUGCUGGGCAUUCCAACGGACUCACAUCAGAUCGAUGAAGCUGUGGACAAGGUGCAGAUGCUGGUCCUCAAGACUUACAGUUUCAUUCGCUCCCAGGUUUGCGACCAGGCUCGUGAACUCUACGGAUUCAUAUGA